CAUAGUUUCGUUUCUCGAAGCUCAGUUUUGCUUCUGCUCUCGGAGUAGUUGCGGAGUYGCGGACGGAGCGAUGGCAGCGCUGGAGUCCGAGUCGGGCCUGUCGGGGCUGGAGGAGGAGCUCACCUGCUCCAUCUGCCUCUGCCUCUUUAGCAGCCCUGUGACGAUGCCCUGCGGGCACAACUUCUGCGCCUCCUGCCUGGAGCUCASCUGGGCCGGGCUCUCGGAGGGCUUCAGCUGCCCGCAGUGCCGGGCCACCUUCGCGGGCCGCCCGCAGCUGCAGAAGAACACGGUGCUGUGCCGGGUGGUGGAGCAGCUCCAGGGCCACGCCGGGGCCAAGGGCGAGGAGGAGGAGGAUGAGGAUGGGGAGGCGGCGGGGUCCUGGGCGGGGGAGCCCCCGGUGCUGUGUGACAGCUGCCGGGAGGUGCCGGCCGAGCAGACCUGCCUGACCUGCACCGCGUCCUUCUGCGCCGAGCACCUGCGGCCGCACCGCGACAGCCCCGCUUUCCGCGACCACCAGCUCUGCCCGCCGCUGCGCGACCUGCAGCAGCGCAAGUGCCCCCAGCACAACAGGCUCUUCGAGUUCUACUGCGACAAGCACGGAGCCUGCAUCUGCUCCCUCUGCCUGCUCGGGCACAAGCUGUGCCCCACCAGCCCCCUGGAGGAGGCAAAAGCCGCUGCCCAGUCGCUGCUGAAGAAGAAACUUGUGGAGCUGCAUAAUCAGAGUGAAAGAACUGCCCGGGCAAUGAGCACGGUGAAAACGAACCAGAACCAUUCUGCUGAGACAGCUUCAAGAAAGAAGGAACUCAUCAGCAAUGAGUUUUCAGAAAUUAAAGCUAUGAUUGAAGAAAGAGAGAACGAGAUCAUGAAAGCAAUUACAGAGGAAGAAAAGAGAGUUUGGAAUAAGUUUGAUUAUAUUUACGGUGUUCUGGGAUCUAAGAAGAAGGAAGUUGAGUCUCUCAAAGAUCAGAUUGAGAUGGCACUGACUGAAGGUGAUGACGUUCUGUUUUUGAAGAGAGCAGCAGCCCUGCAACGAAAGUCAACAAAAGAGGCUUUCGUUCCUGUCGUUGAAAUGGACCAAAAUGUGAUGCAUUCCACUUACCAGUCUGCCAUCAGCAUUAAAGAAAUAGUGAAAAAUUCAGUCAUUCAGAGUAGGGAGAAAAAAGAAGAAGCCAAACCUGUGAAAAUGAAGGCCCCUCCAGUGGCUCAUCCAAACAAAAUCUCUGCUGGAAAAAAGCCUCACGGACCACAAGAGAAAAAGAAAGCUGCUAAAGUUGCUCCAAACAGCACCCCAGCCACCCCAGCUGCUGCUGCUGCUGCUGCUGAAAAUAAAGAGCUCCUGGACAGCUUCCUGAAGAAACCCAGAGAGGAGUUCUUGCAGUAUGCUGCCCACAUCACGCUGGAUUUCAACACAGCCCACAACACCAUGGUUCUGUCUGACAACUACACCAGGAUGUCCAUCUCAGACACCUUCAUGGGUCACAAGUCCCACCCCCAGCGCUUCGUUGAUUUUCGCCAGGUUCUGGGCUUCCAGUGCUUCAAGAGAGGCGUGCACUACUGGGAGGUGGAGCUGCAGCAGAACAGCUUCUGUGCCAUCGGUGUCUGCUACGGCAGCAUGGAGCGCCAGGGCCCCGAGAGCCGCCUGGGCAGGAACAGCAARUCCUGGUGCAUCGAGCGCCUCAACUCCAAAAUAUCAUCCUGGCACAACGAUGUUGAGAAGUGUUUGCCCAACUCAAAGGCUACCAAGAUCGGGGUGCUGCUCCACUGCGAGGGGGGCUUUGUGAUCUUCACGGCGGUGGGGGAGAAGCACAGCCUGAUCUAUAAAUUCAAAGCCCAGUUCACCGAGGCCUUGUACCCGGCCUUCUGGCUGUUUUCUAGAGAUGCUGUUCUCUCUCUCUCUCAAAUGAAACAGUAAGGUGUUGUAUCUCACUUGUAUCUUUAGUUGACUUACAGUGCAUGUAAUCUGUCUCAAAGAUUGAUUGUUUGAUGCAAAAAUCAUCAUCUCAGUUAAGCAGUUUGAGAAAUCUGCCAGUUCUUUCAUCUGAAUUGCUAAAGCCUUUAGGUAGUGAUUYAGCAAAAUGUUGGUGAUGGUAAAAACUACAAUGGUAGUAGUAAAAACUACAAUUCUGAUUGCCUUAAAAUCGAAAUCAUGACAUGAAACCUUGUGAAAUGUCAUCAGUGGCUGCUGUGGUUUGCUGUAAWGRAGCCACAGAAUUAAUGUGYUCCACUGGUAACAAUAACCCCUUCSAGAAAGAAACARGAAAUUCAGGGCCCAGGCUUUGAGGGAGGUUCACUGUUGCCUUUUUUCCCUUGCACAGACUGUUGUCCAUUCAGGGGUUCUCGGUGUGUAAUUCCAUGAGAUGCUACAGAAAGAGCUGUUGAAAUCAGUAAGUUCAGGUCUUAUGGCUCUGAGUUAUAAAAGCCAAAAWGAUAAAUCUCAUCACAAUGGAACUGCAGAGGCUUCUAGAAUUAAUGGGGAAGAAAUGGUGCUAGAAUCACCAGGAAACAGCCUCAGCCCAGACACUGGGAAUACACCAGAGAGUUUGCAGGAAGACAUCCUGCAGAGCAAUGGUGUGCAUCCUGUGGUGAAGAUGAUGGGAUGAAGCAUUCUGUGUCAUYUUCUGACCCAGACCAUGCUUCACAUCUUCACACUGAAGCUCUUCAGUGCUGGGUUUUUUGGUGUGUGCUGAGGAGUUCUGGGGGUGCAUUCUUGGUCUCAGGGUCUCCUGUCAUAAAGCUUUUCCUCUUUAUGGGGUGGGAUAUUCUCUGCUGGUGUAUCUUCAGCUUGAAGCAGGGACUCCUGUUGUAAAGCUUUUCCUCUUUUUGGGGAUAUUUUGGGGUGAGAUAUUCUCUGCUGGUGUAUCUUUUGUUGUUCAGGUGGUAGAAACGGGAUUUCUUGCAUGUUUCUGGGACUACAGUUUGAGGAGUCUCAGAGUGCAAGWACCUGGGAAAUGCUGAUUCCUCUGUGUAUGAAGCCUGUGGGCAGACAGGAUUUGACAYACAGGGAAUGAGCACAAAGGAGAAUAUACACCCAUUCCCCCUGGGAUGGAAUUUUUAAUUCUCUUGGUGUUCUUUGGGUUCUGGUACGUCUUCUGGAAUUCUCACCAGGUACAGAGAAAUCUGUACUGACCACUUCAGAAUGAACUCUAGGCAAUCAAGGUAUUUGGAUCUCAUUGGGCCUGUAUCCUGUUGGUUCCUCUGRACUUACUGUGCCAGCUCUUACUCCUUGUAGCCCAUGGGAAGCUCACACGAGAGCCYUCCUGGGCUUGGAUUUGUUAAACUCCCCUUACAGGGCUUGGUGAAAUAGAACACCAGGCCACUGCUGGCAGUUUGGCAGGGAAUUGUUAGAAGGCUUAAAAGAACCUCUCUGACCACAUUCCACAUUGGCCAAAGUGCUUUGGAGAGAGGCUCUCAGGAAUUCAGGCUUGGUGUCCUGUUUUCACUUGGUUUUUAAACUCCAAGUGCUUUGUCAAGGAUAGCACAAGUCUGAUUUCUUCCAGUUCUUUGGUCAGAAUAAGAUGUGGAAUUGUUGGUGGAUCUCAAAGUGCCAUGGCUGUCUUUGGAGCAGUUCUGCUCUCCAAAGGGUCUCCUCUUUCCAAAGCACAGCCGGCACUAAAGCUCCCAACCUGAGCAGAACCCUUCAAAAGGUGCAGAUGAGGAUGUGUCCUGAUGGCAGCCAAUACUGAAUGACAAAUGGGGUUUUCUGCCCUCCCAGUUUUUCAGGAGUGAAAGGUGAGAGCAGUUCCCUCUGGGAAAUCAUUUCUGUGCUUGGCUGUGUCCCAGGGCUGCGGAUCCACUUGUCAGGGUGCUGCAGGAGUGCUCUGUCCCUCCAUCGAGGGCAAAAACUCCAGCAGCCCGUGCAGUGGGGAAAGUGCCCAUCCUCUGCUCCUYGCUKCUUGACUUUAAAGAGGUGUCAGUGSUGAGUCUGUGAGCUUCUGUAGCCACGGCCUGGAGUGACACCCAAACAAAGCAAAAAGCAGCUUUUGUUCUGCCUCGUUGGGUACAGAGGGAUUCCUGCCAUGGGACAUCGGGGUGAGGUGUCCUGGAUAACCAGGCAGUGAAUCAGGCCUUCUGCUGGGCUCCUGAUCCUCUGUUUUGCUUUCUGUUGUGCUAUAAAUGACUAGAAGUCAUAGAAUGAAGUUCUGUUAAUUCAGAAUUUACAGAAUCWGAGAAUAUUCUGGGGUUGGAGCGGACUGCAAGGAUCACUGAGUCCAACCCUUAGGUAAAUGUCCUAUAUGGGGAUGGAAUUKGUGACCUUGGCAUUACCAGAACCAAUCUCUGGGUUUCUGAAAAAUAUUGUUUGGGUUAGCUUCGGAUAUCUUGGAUAUAUAGGUGUAUUAGUAUGAUAUAACAUUAGGAAAAAUAUUAGUUAGAGCACGAUAAAUGAUCAUUUAAAAACCUUUUAAACACAACUGAAACGGUUUUACUUGGGUACCUAUCAGAGCUGCACUGGUUUUAAACAAAGACAUAUAUAGAAGCAUAAUKUUAAACUGUAAUUCUCUUUUUAGUAUUACAAAGAAUGCAAUUUCGUCUAGAGAAAGAAUUAAUUCUGGUGUUAAUGACCCCAUGAGCAAGUGGGUUGAUUUGCAUUUUAACAUACAGGUGAGAGUAAAUUGAGAAAGAGUCGCUGAAUGAAAAUAAACAAAUGUUUAAAUUUAAUCUUUUCUUCAAUGAAAGGCAUUUUUCUUCAGUAAUACAGUGUAUUUAGAAAAGGAAUGCUUCUGUAGUUACAAACCUGUGGAUUAUAGUGAUACAUCAGCCCUGCAUUUUGAUCUGUAUCAGCUGUGUUAUUGUCUGUAGCUGUGCCAGCCACAUCCCUGCCAGGGCCACCACCACAGAUUUUGUGCCACCUGGUCCAUGUGCCUGAAUGGUGAUAGUUUAAAUUCAAUAAAUAUUCAAUAAAUAUUCAUGGUUAACCCUGACUCUGAAUGUUCUG